ACUUUGUGACAACUAGGAGAUUAUUUUUGGGUAUAAAAGGGCUGAUCUCUGCCCUGUCCAGACCAUGGUUUCGGAAAUAUAUUCAUUCUGUAUCAGCAAGCGGAAGUCAAAAGGAUCUCGUCUCACUUCAAACGACAGACGAUCGCAGCCGACGUUCAAAACCAGAUGCCCACAUAUCAUCACCUACCAGUUGAGCUCCGACUCAUGAUUUGGUUGGAAACCAUCCCGCCUCAGACUCCGCAAGUCCACUUCCUCAUGACAGACAGUCUCGGCUUCUUUCCCGUCAAGCCAGGGGACCAGUGGCCGCAAGUCCAUGAGCCCUUUCCCGUCGGCCUACACGUAUGCCGGGAGUCUCGAUAUAUAAUACAAGACGCUCUCAGACGCAUGCGUGCUCGAGUGGCGUGCGACUUGAGAAAACAACAGCAGCAGCAGGAGGAGCAGCAAGAGGAGCAAGAAUGCAAAAACCACCACUGGCCCACACGGCGACCAUUCUUGCCAAAGAAGGACAUUCUCUAUCUCGACAUGGGCGCCGAUCCGGGCCGGUACAACCGGAACAGAUCAAGUCGCAAGGCCUGGAUCGACGAGCCGCGAACGCACCUCUUCCAGGUCAGCCACGGCCAGCCGCACACCUACAUCGCCGAGGUGACGAAACUAGCGUUGCCGUUUGGUGUGUUCUCGCCCGAGCAUCUGCACAUGCAGCAUGUAGUCUCCUGGAUCCUGACGCUGCUGCCGAUUCGAGAACUGCACGUUGUGUUUGGCCGGAGCAAAUGCUCCGACCAAGGCGGCUAUGGGGGGUGGCACGACCAUCAGGACGAGUACGAGAACGGGGAUGACGACUGCGACGGUGGUUGCGACGACAUGUCGCCUGCACCACCGCCCAUACGCUCGCCCAUACCAUCACCAGCAUUAUCGAAAAUAUACCCGUCCCCAUCUCCGCUCCCAUUACCGCCCGUAUCGUGGAGGAUAUUCCCACCAAACACGCCGCACCUCAACCGCAUACUCAACGCUGCCGAGACGAAGAGUUGGAUGGCGGCCUGUUGGCCACAGGGUCAUGUGGGGGCGGCGUUCAAAGAUGAGGGAGUGCUGGGCAUACUGUCGAAUGGUAUUGUCGUUAAGCCUGGGCUCUUGGUCCGGUCGACAGGAUACGAAUAGCUUUGCUUGGCAGAGCGUGGGGCGGUGGUCAUUUUCGAAAGACAGGUGAGUGUCGAUAUCAUGGAGCCCAAGUACCUAGGUAUAUAAAUGGAGCACCUUGUUGUCAGAAGCUCGGUUUCACAUGACUUGUUAAUCUCAUUCAGAUCCAC